CCCAGCUCGCCUCCUCAUCCUCCUCCUCUUCUUCCUCGAGCUCUUCUUGGCCGUCAAGCGACACCGGAACCAUGUCGUCGCGGACGCUUCCUUCGUGACCAUGACGAUGAUGAUGAAGGUGGUGGUGUCGGCGGCGGAAGCACGCCGGCCGCGCCUUCCUCACGCCAGGCCAGCUUUGGUUUUUUAAACCCCCCCCCCCCCCCCCCUUUUAGAUUGGAAACGCGUGCGUGAGCUGCAGACGACGUCGGCGGCGUGAACGCGCCUGCACGCGAGCGCCAAGAUGAUGUGCGAAGUGAUGCCCACCAUCAGCGAGGACACGGCGCUGAGCCAGCGCGGCUCGCAGAGCGGCUCUUCCGACCCGGACUCCCAUUUCGAGCAGCUGAUGGUCAACAUGCUGGACGAGCGGGACCGCCUGCUGGACACGCUGAGGGAGACGCAGGAGAGCCUGGGCCUGUCACAACAGCACCUGCAGGACGUCAUCUACGACCGAGAUUCGCUACAGAGGCAGCUCAGCUCCGCCUUGCCGCAGGAGUUUGCGGCCCUCACCAAGGAGCUCAACGCCUGCCGGGAGCAGCUGCUAGAGAAGGAAGAGGAGAUCUCGGAGCUGAAGGCUGAGAGGAACAACACCAGGUUGCUGUUGGAGCAUCUGGAAUGUCUAGUGUCCCGGCAUGAGCGCUCGCUGCGUAUGACGGUGGUCAAGAGGCAGGCGCAGUCCCCCUCGGGAGUCUCCAGUGAAGUGGAGGUCCUCAAAGCCCUCAAGUCCUUGUUUGAACACCACAAAGCACUUGAUGAGAAGGUGCGAGAGCGACUGCGGGUUUCGCUGGAGAGGGUGUCCGCCUUGGAGGAGGACCUUACAGCAGCUAAUCAGGAGAUCGUGGCCUUACGCGAGCAGAAUGCUCACAUUCAGCGGAAGGUGGCGUCGGGCGAGGCCGGCGACGACAUCCCGGAGGGCGGCGAGCCGCAGCAGAAGGUCCACGGAAAGCGUCUAUCCAACGGCGCGCUGGAGUCGGUGCGCGAGGCCGGCCAAGUGGCGGAGCUUCAAGACCUUCUGGAGAAGCAAAACUACGAGCUAGCUCAGAUGAAGGAACGCAUGUCGUCGCUGUCGUCGCGAGUUUCUGAAGUGGAGCAAGAGCUGGAGACGGCGCGGAAGGACCUCAUCAAGUCCGAGGAGAUGAACAACAAGUACCAGCGAGACAUUAAAGAGGCCAUGUGCCAGAAGGAGGACAUGGAGGAGCGCAUCGUAACGCUGGAGAAGCGCUAUCUGAGCGCUCAGCGCGAGUCCACGUCGGUGCACGACAUCAACGACAAGCUGGAGAACGAGCUGGCCAACAAAGAGGCCUUUCUUAGGCAGAUGGAGGAGAAGAACCGGCAGCUUCAGGAGAGGCUGGAGCUGGCCGAGCAGAAGCUCCAGCAGACCAUGCGCAAGGCCGAGACGCUCCCUGAGGUGGAGGCCGAGCUGGCCCAGAGGAUCGCCGCGCUCACCAAGGCGGAAGAGCGUCACGGCAACAUCGAGGAGCGAAUGCGCCACUUGGAAUGUCAGCUGGAAGAGAAAAACCAGGAGCUUCUAAGGGCUCGCCAACGUGAGAAGAUGAACGAAGAGCACAACAAGCGUCUGUCCGACACGGUGGACCGCCUCCUCACAGAGUCCAACGAGCGCCUGCAGCUGCACCUCAAGGAACGAAUGGCUGCCCUGGAAGAAAAGAAUUUACUCAUCCAGGACUCGGAAGGUUACCGAAAGCAGUACGAGGAGUCCAUACACGAGAAGACGCAUUUGGCCGAGGAGAUCGAGAAGCUGCGGUCAGAGCUGGACCAGUUCAGAUUGAGAGUGGGAUCCCUCACGGAACCCACCCUGUCAAGGUCUCACCUGGACACGUCCGGCGAGCUCCGCUUCUCCUUGGGCUCCCUAGCCGAGACUCAGUCGGACCACUACCGCUCGGCCAAGGUCAUACGCAGGCCUAGACGAGGUCGAGUGGGCCUCCGGGAAACCAAGGCCAAGUCUCUCGGUGAGCAAGAGUGGCGCUCGCAGCAGCUGGGCGUGGUGGGCGGCGGCCAUUUUGAAAGCGACACGGAGAUGUCGGACAUGGACGAUGACGACCGCGAGACGCUUUUCAGCUCCAUGGACCUCCUAUCGCCCGGCGGUCACUCCGACGCACAGACGCUAGCCAUGAUGCUUCAAGAGCAGCUGGACGCCAUCAACAAGGAGAUCCGGCUAAUCCAAGAAGAGAAGGAGUCGACGGAGCUGCGUGCCGAGGAGAUCGAGAGUCGCGUGGCUAGCGUUAGCCUUGAGGGUCUCAACUUAGCCCGCAUGCACCACCACCACCUCCACGGCGCCUCCAUCACGGCCUCGGCCACCGCCUCCUCCCUGGCAUCUUCCUCGCCCCCCAGCGGGCACUCCACGCCCAAACUGGACCCCAGGAGCCCCGCCCGGGACAUGGAGCGGAUGGGGGUCAUGACGCUACCCAGCGAUUUACGAAAGCACAGGCGAAAGAUAGCGGCGGUGGAAGAGGACGGGCGCGAGGACAAGGCGACCAUCAAAUGCGAAACGUCGCCGCCUGCCACGCCGCGCGCCGUCAGGAUGACUCACACCCUACCGGCCUCUUCGCACAAUGACGCCCGAGGCACGGCCGCCUCGCUCGAAGCCGAAGGCACGCUCAGCAGCGUGGCUAGCAGCCAAGACUCUUUGCACAAGCAGCCCAAGAAAAAGGGCAUCAAGUCAUCCAUCGGCCGACUCUUCGGGAAGAAGGAGAAAGGGCGGCUAGCUCACCUGGCGCACAGACACGUCAUGGUGGAUCCGCAAGCCACGUUUAUGGACCCGGACGUGACGGGCCAGGACAUGGGAGUGAGCAAGUUGGGCACGCAGGCUGAAAAGGACCGCCGUUUGAGAAAGAACGGACACGAGCUGCUGGAAGAAGCCAGGAGGAAGGGCUUACCUUUCGCGCAAUGGGACGGACCCACCGUGGUCGCGUGGCUGGAGCUGUGGCUCGGCAUGCCGGCGUGGUACGUAGCGGCGUGUCGCGCCAACGUGAAAAGCGGCGCCAUCAUGUCGGCGCUGUCCGACACGGAGAUCCAGCGUGAGAUCGGCAUCAGCAACCCCCUGCACAGACUCAAACUGCGGCUAGCUAUCCAGGAGAUGGUCUCGCUCACGAGCCCGUCAGCACCCCCUACCUCCAGAACUCCGUCAGGCAACGUAUGGGUGACCCACGAGGAGAUGGAGACUAUGGCGGCCCCUUCCAAAACGAAAUCACAAUCUGAAGAAGGGAGCUGGGCACAGACGCUGGCUUACGGCGACAUGAACCACGAGUGGAUCGGCAACGAGUGGCUGCCCAGUCUCGGACUACCUCAGUACCGCAGCUACUUCAUGGAGUGCCUGGUGGACGCGCGCAUGCUGGACCACCUCACCAAAAAGGACCUGAGGGUGCAUCUCAAAAUGGUGGACAGCUUCCACAGAACAAGUUUACAAUAUGGCAUCAUGUGUCUGAAGAAGCUAAACUACGACAGGAAGGAGCUAGAACGGCGGCGUGAGACGAGCCAACAUGAAAUGAGAGAUGUUCUGGUGUGGAGCAACGAGCGGGUGGUCCGCUGGGUGCAGAGCAUCGGCCUGCGCGACUACGCCGGGAUCCUGCACGAGAGCGGCGUGCACGGAGCGCUGGUCGCCCUGGACGACAACUUUGACUACAGCAGCCUGGCACUGUUGCUCCAGAUUCCCAACCAAAACACUCAGGCCCGUCAGAUUCUGGAGCGCGAAUAUAACAACCUGCUGGCGCUGGGCACCGACCGACGGCUGGACGAGUGCGACGACAAAGACUUCCGAGGUCCCUCGUGGAGGCGCCAGUUCCCGCCGCGCGACGUGCACGGCAUCAGCAUGAUGCCCGGUUCGGCCGAGACCCUGCCGGCCGGCUUCCGUCUCACCGCCACGUCGGGCCAUUCGCGAAGGCUGCCGCCCGACGUCCUUUACGAGGCGCUGGACGACAGUGCCGACGACGGGUAUUUGGAUUGGUUCUAAGUGGGCGCCUCGACAGUUCAGCGUCUGGACAGCUCCACGGUGAGAACCUACUCGUGCUGAGAGGAGACGAACCGCUGCCCAGUUCUGAUAGAGCCACCGGACGGGCCUCCUCCCCCCCCCGAAUCGGGGGACGCGGUGAGUUCGGGGCGGUCGGGGGGGCUACGCCAUUGGGACAACCUCGCACUGCCAACAAGCCCCUCGUCCCCUCACCUCCCGCGCGCACCCCUCGACGAAUCCCCCUCCUGCCGCCGCCUCCGGUGCUAAACGACCCCGCAGCAGGGUGCUCGCUCUUUCCUAAAAUGUACUGUGUAUUUAAAUAGGCUGUGUACAUUCAUAUAAAUAUGACAUUUUUUAAUAUAUGUGUAAAAAAAAAAAAAAAAAAAAAAAAAAAAAAAAAAAAAAGAUAUCAAGCAAAGAAGUUAGCAGACCAUAGACGAAUAAUAUAUGCUGCUCUCGGACACUUGCAAACGUUUUAUUUUUAUUUUUCCAAUUUUUGGGGGACAACUUUCUCCCUAUGAGAACGCCACCCGCUGAUGGCCGGAGGACUAACAAGCACACGAGCGGUGAACGAGCCCAAUUGGCGUGCGCGUGAAUUUUUGUGUGUGUGUGUGUGUUUUAAAAAAAAAAGUGACUUUUUUUGUCAUCGGAGCAAACCAUGACUGCGUGUGGACCCCAAUUUUUUUGUUUUGUUUUGGAAGUCUUUCAAUUUGCACGAACAAGGACGUCAUCAUGGUUCCGUUUUGUGUGGAGACAUUUUUAUUUAUUUCUGACUUGUGCGUACGUCAGUGGAAAACUAAAGUGGUGAGCAAAAAACAAAAAGAUAUUAAAAAGACAAAAAUACUGUGAGUGGAUGGAGUUUCAACUUUUGAGCUUGAUUUCGAUUUUAAUCGUAAUUGAAUGACUUCAUUUUUUUUUCACAUUCGUCACCAUUGACGACAACGGGCGUCCGAUCCAUUUGAACUGGGAAGGUGGCAGCGAAUGAACGUUCAAAUGGAUGGGAUGUCUGUCGCCGUCAGUGGCAGCCGAUAAGAUACUGUAGUAGCAUAGCCUUCCAGUUUGCCAUUUUCCAGACUAGUAGAUGAUUGCACUUCCCUCUGUCUCCUCGGCGGUGAGUUCAAGUAGCGUUCGACUUCAGAACUUUCUCGAUUUCUUGAAACACUUCGGGGUCCUCGAUGGUGGGCGUAAUCUGAGUCGAAAAGUGGUCACGUCAUUUGCGUUCAACGACCGAUAAUAAUUUUUAAAAAUUUGAUCGUACCUUGUAGGGCUUCCCGUUGACCAAAUUCCCUAGCGAGGAACGGGGGAUCUUCCCCGAUCUGGUCUUGGGAAGCCCGCGAACGAAAAGAACCUUCCGGAAGGCGGCCACGGGUCCCACCGUGUCCCGUACGAGCUUUACCGUCUCCUUCGCUACGUCCUUUUGGCACUGUUGCACUCCUGAGGACACAAACGGAAGGCAAUCAAAUUUUUGUCCGAGUGAGCUUCUGUGGUUUUUAUGUAUGGGGCGCCGUUUGUAAAGCAGCACAUGCUAAAAAUUACGACAUUUUCUCACAUUUAGUGCCAUACAGUGUUUAAAAGGGUGUGAGUCACUUUUUUUUUUUGCACAUUUACAACAUUAUUUAGCAACUUAAAUAUUUUUAAAUGAGAAGUUUUGGACCUGAUAGUUUAAAUUCAGAACUAAAUAUUUGAUUUAAAUCUUAAAUUUAUAUUCUAUAACCUAAAUGUUAAAUCAGGAAACGGUCAGAACGAAAUAUUUAGCUUAGUAUGCAAAUUCACAUGACUGGAGACCGGAAGUAACAAAAUAAAAGCUGGUGGAGCAGCUCAGACCGUCUGAGUGAAUGAAUAAUGAAUAAAACCUACUUAACGGUGGCAGUCUGCUCUUGGACAUGAGUCAUUGUGAUAAUACAUAGAAGGGCUGUCAAAAUUAUCGCGUUUACGGGCGGUAAUUAAUUUUUUAAAUUAAUCAUAUCAAAAUAUUUGACGCAAUUAACACACAUGCCCCGCUCAAACAGAUUAAAAUGACAGCACAGUGACAUAUCCACUUGUUACUUGUGUUUUUUUGUCUCCCUCUGCUGGCGCUUUGGUGCGACUGAAUUUAUGGGUUUAAGCACAAUGAGCAUUGUGUAAUUAUUGACAUCAACAAUGGCGAGCUACUAGUUUAUUUUUGGAUAAAAAUUUUAUUAAAACGAAAACAUUAAGAGGGUUUUUAAUAUAAAAUUUCUCUAACUUGUACUAACGUUUAUCUUUUAAGAACUACAAGUCUUUCUAUCAAUGGAUCGCUUUAACAGAAUGUUAAUGCCAUCUUGUUGAUUUAUUGUUAUAAUAAACAAAUACAGUACUUAUGUACAGUAUGUUGAAUGUAUACAUUAUAUCCGUCUUGUGUCUUUCCAUUCCAACAAUAAUUUACAGGAAAAUAUGGCAUAUUUUAUAGAUGGUUUGAAUUGCGAUUAAUUACGAUUCAUUAUUUUUAAGCUGUGAUUAACUCGAUUAAAAAUUUUAAUCUUUUGACAGCCCUAAUAUAUAGGUAAAAUACAUAUUUAGGAGAAUUUUAUUUAAAGAGUAUUUUGUGUGCUCCAGCCUUUAUUUUGUUACUUCCGGUCUCCAGUCAUGUGAAUUUGCAUAGUAAGCUAAUUAU